AGUCAAACAGCACAAUAGAAACAAACAUCAUCAAGAAGAAGAGGAGGAGAAGAAAGUGGAAGGGCAAAAGGAAUCGCCAUGGGGGCUGAAGGAGAUGCCUCUGAAGAAAGAGGAUUAGGUUGCACUGAAGAGCGCCUUGGCAUCUUACACGAAAUGAUCGUCAAUUGGGAUUCUGAUCAAUCAAUGAUAUGGGAUCGAGAUCCGGAGGAAGCUGCUCUCUUCUUGAGAAUUGUGGAUGAAGUUCGCCUGUUUACUGAAAACUUGGGAGAGGAACAAAAAGAGAUCCUGUGUCAUGCCCACAGCACUCUUCAGUCAGCUAUGUCCAGGCUUGAGGAUGAGUUUAUCCACCUUCUAGUUCAAUACCGACAACCUCUGGAACCUGAUCAUAUGUCAUUCCGUUCUACGGAAGAUGAACUAGUCGAUGAUUUCUCAUCGAGUUCUUUUGAUGAGGAGCCAAUUCAAGGGAAGAUACGGACUGAGAGCAGUCGGGGUUCAGAAGAGUUUGUGAUCGAUUUGAUCCACCCAGAUGCUGUUUUUGAGCUUAGAACCAUAGCGGAGUUGAUGUUUCUUUCAAAGUAUGACAAGGAGUGUUGUCAAGCUUUUAUAGCUGUUAGAAGGGAGGCAUUGGAUGAUUGCUUAUCGAUUCUUCGAGUGGAGAGGCUGAGCAUUGAAGAAGUCAUCCAAUUGGACUGGACUGCGUUAAAUACUCUGAUCAAAAGAUGGAAUCGAGCAUUGAAAGUAUUCAUAAGAGUAUAUCUUGCUAGUGAGAGGCGACUUAGUGAUUUAAUCUUUGGUGAAUGUUCUGAGUCUGUCGGAGAUUACUGCUUCCUUGAAUCCUCAAAGGGAUCAAUUCUCCGAUUUCUCAAUUUGGGUGAAGCCAUUGCAAUUGGACCCGUGGAGAUUGAAAAGCUCUUCAGAAUCCUCGAUAUGUAUGAGGGGCUGCAAGAUCUUCUUGCAGAUGUAGAAUCCUUGUACUCGGGAGAUUCUGGUUCUUUGAUACUGAUGGAGUGCCACGAGGUCUUGCUAAGAUUGAGCAAAUUUAUAAUUGGAAUUUUCACCGAGUUCAAGAAUGCAAUAAGAAAGAAAACAUCAAAUACCCCUUUUCCUGGUGGUGGAGUCCAUCAUCUCACAAAAUAUGUCAUGAAUUAUAUGAGGACCCUUGCUGAUUAUAGUGGAACCCUAAAUCUCCUUCUCAAUGACGAAGAUGAAAAGGACUGCCCUAAUUCUUCUGCUCCAAUGAUGCAUCAUCUCCAAUCGAUUGUCUUGAUUCUCGAAGCCAAUCUUGAAGCUAGAUCAAUGCUAUAUACAGAUACAGCUCUCCAGCAUCUAUACAUGAUGAACAACCUAUGUUACAUAGUUCAGAAGGUAAAGAACUCUGACCUUCGUUCAAUCCUCGGUGACGAUUGGAUUCGCGCAUACAGCAGAAAAUUUCGUCAGCAUGCUAUGAACUAUGAACGGGCUUCGUGGAUCUCGGUUCUCUCUUUCCUCAAGGACGAAGGCAUAUGUAGCCAUGGGUCGAGCUCUCCUUCAAGGACAGUUCUGAAGGAGAGGUUCAGAGGUUUUAACCUCGCGUUUGAAGAGGUUUACAGGGCGCAAACAGGUUGGAACAUUCCAAAUAUCGAGCUCAGAGAUGAUCUGAAGAUAUCGAUAUCAUUGAAGGUGCUACAAGCUUAUCGAACAUUCAUGGGGAGGUAUGCAAGCCAUCUUGAUGGGGUGAGACAUCGCGAUAGUUACAUAAAAUACUGUCCUGAAGAUCUUGAGAGAUGCUUGUUGGAUCUUUUUGAAGGAACGUCGAGAGUGAUGCACACUCACAGGAGGUGAAGAAGAUCACAGUUUUGAUGUGUUGUACAGUGCUUUAGUUGGUUGUUGAUGGGUAUUGACUGUGAUUGUAGUUCUAAAUAUUGGUUUUUUGGACGAUAUAAGCUCUUGUAACAUGAGUUGUCCGAUAAAUUUCUAGGAUGAGAAUAAUUUGGGAUGCAACUUAGAAGUUGCAACCCUCAUUUAAUGUAAAUGUACUGAAUCUGUAUUGCUUGCUGUAACAAUAUACGAUUGAGAGAUGUUCAUUCAUAUUUUUACUGAAUAUUAUUCAAAAAUGGGAAAUUGAAUCAAA